AUGGAGGAGAUUGAUGAGAGGAAGAGGUGUGAAGAAAAAUAUAAAGUUGCAGGAAUCGACUUCGCUUUAUAUAAUGCCGUUUGGAAAGAGGAGGAUACAAACCACAGUUCGACCACCGUCAAAACGGCGAUCGACAUCGGCCACAACAAGUGGGCCAGCAAGACAAUGGCAGCCCCAACAGAGCCCCUCCCGUCUGUCCAAGAAACAGGGGAAGCGUCGUGCUGGAUGAGUUCCGAAGGCCCAUCGGAUUUCAUGUCGCCAGCCCUGGUGCCGUACGGUGUAGCAAAGCGGCGGAAGUCGGCCGGUGGGAGGGCGAAGGAAGAAGGGACCGAGAGCGAGGAGCCUCCAUUGGCACUUGCUCAUGUCCAAGACCAAGAGAUCCAGUUUGCCUUCCUCCAGCAGGGGCCUCCGGACCAUUGGGGCGGCAGCUUCUCUGGGCCGUGCGGCCGGCGUUCGAAGGCUCGUUGGAUGGGCGGCUUCCUCUUCCCGGGUGAGUCGGCGGAUCCGCCCAUUUUGGAUCUCGCCGCUUUAUCGGUCGCCACGAUGGGUUCUGACCGGCGGCUCCUCGGAGUAUGA